CCGCCGCCGGGCUCCGGCGGGGCGGAGAGCGGCAGGAGAUCACAUGGUCUUCUAAAGAAGUCAUGGGUAGUUGUUGUAGCUGUCCAGAUAAAGAAACUGUCCCAGAUAACCAUCGAAACAAGUUUAAAGUCAUUAACGUGGAUGACGAUGGUAACGAGCUGGGUUCUGGCGUAAUGGAGCUGACAGACACAGAACUGAUUUUGUACACCCGCAAACGGGACUCGGUGAAAUGGCAUUACCUCUGUCUGCGUCGUUAUGGCUACGAUUCCAACCUCUUCUCUUUUGAAAGCGGUCGAAGAUGUCAAACUGGACAAGGAAUAUUUGCCUUCAAGUGCGCCCGGGCAGAAGAACUGUUUAACAUGCUGCAAGAAAUCAUGCAGAACAAUAGCAUAAAUGUGGUCGAAGAGCCAGUAGUAGAAAGGAAUCAUCAUCAGACCGAGCUGGAAGUCCCCCGAACGCCUCGCACCCCAUCUACUCCCGGGUUCGGCGCCCCAGCUGUACCCAACGGGUAUCCCCGCUAUCCCUCCUUCGGAGACGCGUCGUCCCACCCUUCCAGUAGACACCCGUCGGUGGGCAGUGCUCGGCUCCCGUCCGUAGGCGAAGAGUCCACGCAUCCCUUGCUGGUGGCCGAGGAGCAAGUCCACACCUACGUCAACACCACGGGGGUCCAGGAAGAGCGCAAGGCCCGAGCGGGCACGCACGCCCCCGCCGAGCUCCCCGGCGCCGAGAGCGGCAAGGCCCGGGGCGAACCCGGCGGCCCCGAGGAGCGGGACCCCCAGGUGGUCCUCGAGCCGGAGGGGGUCAAAUUCGUGUUAGGGCCGACCCCCGUGCAGAGACAGCUGAUGGAGAGGGAGAAACUGGCACAGCUCGGAGCCGAGGCGGCGGGGAGCCGCGGCCCGCCGCCCGGCGAGCGGGACGCGGGCCCCGACGGCGCCGAGCGCCGCGAGGGGCCCGCCGCCGCGCCCAAGCUGGCGUACGAGAACAUCAACGGGCUCUCCCUCCCGGCCGGCCGCAGGGGCCGGCUCCCGCCCCCGCCCGCCGCCGCCGCCGCCGGCGGCCCCUCGGACGCCCAGAACGCCAACAACUCGGCCCAGCGGCGGACCGCGCUGUUGAACUACGAGAACCUGCCGUCCCUGCCCCCGGUCUGGGAGGCGGCCCGCCAGCCGGGCCGGCCCGGGGCCGAGCUCCCGGGGCCCAAGACCCCGGCGCUGAACGGCCAUCACCCGGCGCUGGACCCCGCGCACAACUACGUCAACACGGAGAACGUGGCGGUGCCGGCCAGCGCCCACAAGCCGGAGCCCCCCCGGCGCCGGGACUGUGCCCCCUCCGUCUUCAACUUCGACCUCCGGCGGCCCAGCUUAGAGCACAGGCAGCUGAACUACAUCCAGGUGGACCUGGAGGGCGGCAGCGACUCGGACAACCCCCAGACCCCCAAAACCCCCACCACCCCGCUCCCCCAGACCCCGACCCGGCGCACGGAGCUGUACGCCGUGAUCGACAUCGAACGGACCGCUGCUAUGUCCAGCUUGCAGAAAGCCCUGCCCCGCGACGACGGCACUUCUAGGAAAACGAGACAUAACAGUACCGACCUGCCCAUGUGAGGCCGGGGGAGGGGGCCGCCCACCCGCCGUUUGCACCUUUGUGAAGUUUUCUUUCUUUUUUUCUUUUUUUUUAAAAAAAAUGAAGAUGCGACUGCCCCGCUUUCGUUUCUAAACACUCACCCCUUUUCUAGACUGAGGCACGGUCUCUCCCGACCACCCCUCGCGGGCUCGUUUCGUGCCAAGUCCUCGCGUUGAAGCGACUGUCGUCCCUUGCUCCCAGGGGCUCGCCUCCGGCCCGGUGCCCGGCGAAGCGAGCGACGUGCCGGCUCGGGGUCCGCGAGCGGCGUCUAAAAGCCUCGCGGUCCGCGCGUCGGCCCCCGCGGGCAUCCGGCCUCCGACGGGAGCUGGCCGUCGACUCCCCCUCUCCGGAUCGCGCGUCGCUCUGUGCCGUCUCCUUAGCUCGAGGCCUUCGGACGUGAGCCGGGACGCGUCGGACGGGUGAGGGGUAGUCGGCUCGCCUCUCUCUGUACACGCCGGCUUCUCUCCCCUCGGCGAGGGCACCGCGUCGGUCGGCGUCGUGAGGGGCUUCGGCCGGGGAAGGGACCGACCCUUCCUCCCCCGGCCUCCUCGUUUCCCGGGAGAAGGACGCGCCAAAGGUCAUUUGGCACGAACCACGGUAGGAUCUAGAAUCAACCUCAGGUCAGUCCCGCCGGAAACGAAUUUGCAACGCUGUGCCACGCCACCUCCCCUCAGUGUACCUGAACGGGUAGCGUCGGCAGUGCUCGCCGGAAGGCGUAGGAGGUUUCCACGUACCUUAAUUGGGUGUCGGGAUGUCGGUCUCGUUUGGUCCCGUGACGUCUUUACGUCCCGAUCGGUUGAGUCUGUACAUAGUCCCACGUCUGAUCGUGCGUCCAUCCUUACACCGAUCGUGCGUCCAUCCUUAUAUAUAUAUAUAGUCUACGUUCUUGUCAAACUCUGAUUUCUUUUUCCUCUCCUUUUUUUUUUUCCUUCGGCAGGUUCAUUUGUAACUCACUGUUAGAUUUAACAGGGUCGUCCUUUUCCAGUAUUUAUUGACACGCUGUUUACCUUUCACGUCUGCUUAGACAUUCGCUUCAGUUGGAAAUUUCACCCGCGGGUCCGUGGGCGGCGACCUCGCGGGUCGUCGGGGGGAGAGGCGGUGGUAAAACAGGGAGCCCCGAGAUGUAGCCCGUGUCCGCCCCGAUCCCUCACCCCCCAGCACUUUAGCAGUGGUUCGCUCAGCCAAGCGACCUCGCUUGACUGCAGUCGCGCUGUUAGCCCGCCUUCUCGGAGCGUUCAUCAGCUGUGCUGCGGGAACGUCUAGGCAUCCCUCCCGGAGCGUCACGAGUCAAGCGCUCAGUACAGUGCUCUGCAUACAGUAAGCGCCCGAUAAAUACGAUUGAAUGAACGAAUGCACACAGUCAGCGCUCAAUAAAUACGACUGAACGAAUUGCCGGCGCAACAGGUGCGACGGAGGACCAGUAGCAAAGGGAUUAAGUCAUGACCUGGGCGGCCGAGGAACCGACGCCCCCCUAAAGGGACGUGAGUUCUGGAGUCAGAUCGGUCGGAAAAAUCAAAAUCGCCCGGUCCAGGUGUCCGCGAGGACAGAAAGGAGGAUCAGAAGAAGGAUCGAGUCACCUUGCCAAAACUUUUCACGGAUCUUUGUUUGUUUGUUUUUCCCCACCCUCUGGAUUCCACAUGUCGCGGCUGUUUCCUCGCCUUUUCUUCCCCCGGUUUCGGGGGGAGGUUUUCCCGUCAGAGUUCCGCGCUGACAGGCCGGGAAUCAGCCCGGGAAUCAGGCUCGACUGUGUUCGCCCCCUCCCCCCGGAUCCGUCACUCCGGUAGAGCGGGGACCACUGUAGGGAAGAUAAGGCGCCCCGGUGGGGUUCACUACUUCGAAACCACGAUUCCGUCAAUGUGCCUCCCAGGAUUUUCCUCUGGGAACUUGGUGCUUACUUAAGUGCUCACUUAGAGGCAGAGGGUGCCCGGUGGGUGGGAACGGGGAGGACGGAGGGGAUGCAGCCUCCCGAUUCCCCUCUGCCCCUCGUCUCGCCGUUCCAGACUUGGGUUUUUAACGCGGAGGGCGUUCACCGGACCAGCUGCGGGCGGCGGGUUGGGCAGCGCGGUCCGGGAACGAGGACGAAGGGGACGGGCGUCCCUUAACCCCGGGAAAUGAGACCGAGACAGGAUUGCUCAUCUUUCUACUAAAGGGCUAAUGCACUAACCUUACUCCUUCCGAUGGGAAAGAAAA